UCAAGCAGAAGCUGUCAAGAACUUUCGGCCAUGUUUUUUCGGGGUGUCUGUUGUUUUCACCCAAACAAGAGGCUGUUCUCAGGUCGACGCUGAGACGUGCCCACCAGUCAACCUAUGGCUAGUUUGGAGGAGGGUAAAAUGAUCCCAGAUCAGUGUCUGUUUCAGUGUCAUGCCAUCCCCUAUCGCGCUGCUAGGUGCGCGGCAGCCUCGCGAUAGCCUCGCCUACUAGAAUCAAAGCUCCGUUCGCGAGCUGGAUGCUGACAGGCGCGCGGUGCGGUCGUCAUGCAAAGGUUACAUUGGAUCCGUUUCAGCGAGUCUCUGAAGAAGCUGCUCCUCCACCGGACCCGCACGGAGCACAAAAUGCGAGACGUGUAGCAACACAACAACGCUCGGACUCGCGUUUACAGGCCUGUUUGGCAACAGCAGGUGUCAAACGAUGGAAGAAAGUUUGGGAUUUCCGCAAACGACAGUGUGUACGCUGGCUCUUAUCAGCGGUAAAGUGGCUUCAUGAGUGUCCAAAGUAACAGUGGAAGUGGUGGUGGAAGUUUGGAGGCGACGCCAUCUUGGUCGCAGCUCUCCUCGUCCCCAACGAUUUCUCAACAACAUAUAACGGCGACCGCAAAGAGCAAGGAAGGCCCCAUGGAGGAGCUGCACAGCCUGGACCCCAGGAGACAGGAGUUGCUGGAGGCCAGGUUCACCGGAGCCGUCAGUGGCAACACAGGAGGCAGCACUGGGAGCACCAGUGGAGGUGCUAAGGGUCUGGCCAAUGAGUCUUCUAACCACAGCUAUGGCAGUCUGGGCUCAUCUAGUGACAAGGAAUCGGAGAACUCUGAUUUGAAAAGAGGGAGCUCCCCUGCCUACUCAACCCCGGAGAAAAAGCACUCGGAGUCGUCCAGGGGGAGGAAAAGGAAAGCCGACACCUAUUCAGAGAGCAGUCAAGGGAAGACCUCCACACGUGGGCCCAAGAUCAGCGACUACUUUGAUUUCCAGGGUGGGAAUGGUUCCAGUCCAGUCAGAGGUCUCCCAUCAGCUCGCCGCUCUCCACAGAACUCGCACUCUGCCCCGGGCUCAAUCAUCCGGCAGAAUAGCUCCUCCCCUACGAGUCUGUGUUUUGGUGAACACAAUCCUAAAGCCUCCUCCAGCAAGUGUGUCCAGACGGAGCUAACGGGGCUGAAACUUGCCGCUCUGGAGAGCAACAAGAGUCUGGACCUGGAAAAAAAAGAGGGACGAAUAGAUGACCUGCUCAGAGCUAACUGUGACCUGCGGAGGCAGAUAGAUGAACAGCAGAAACUCCUGGAGAAAUACAAGGAGAGGCUCAAUAAGUGCAUCACCAUGAGCAAGAAGCUGCUUAUAGAGAAGAGCACCCAGGAGAAGCAGUCGUGUCGCGAGAAGAGCAUGCAGGACCGUCUCCGUCUCGGUCACUUCACCACCGUCAGACACGGAGCGUCCUACACAGAGCAGUGGACGGACGGAUACGCAUUCCAGAACCUGAUCAAGCAACAGGAGGGCAUCAACCAGCAGAGGGAGGACAUAGAGCGACAGAGGAAGCUGCUGGCCAAGAGGAAGCCUCCAAACCCUGCUUCUCCCUCCCUCUCGAUCGCCUCCGCUUCUGAAGCCAAGCAGCGGAAAACUAAGGUGGUCAACGGCAACGACUUGGACCCGUUUCUUAAGCCCUCCUUGCCCCAGCUACUGACGCUCGCCGAGUACCACGAGCAGGAAGAAAUCUUCAAGCUUCGUCUCGGACAUCUAAAGAAGGAGGAAGCAGAGAUCCAGGCAGAGCUGGAGCGGUUGGAGCGGGUGAGGAACCUCCAUAUCAGAGAGCUGAAGAGGAUAAACAACGAGGACAGCUCAGCGUUUAAAGACCAUCCUACCUUGAAUGAGAGGUACCUGCUGCUGCACUUGCUGGGCAGGGGUGGCUUCAGUGAAGUCUAUAAGGCUUUUGACCUGUUUGAGCAGCGCUACGCAGCUGUUAAAAUCCACCAGCUCAACAAGAACUGGAGAGAGGAGAAAAAGGAGAACUACCACAAGCAUGCAUGCAGGGAGUACCGGAUACACAAACAGCUGGACCAUCCCAGAAUAGUCAAACUGUAUGACUACUUCUCCCUGGAUACUGACACGUUCUGUACGGUUCUAGAGUUCUGUGAAGGAAACGACCUGGACUUCUACCUGAAGCAAAACAAGCUGAUGUCGGAGAAGGAGGCCCGCUCCAUUGUCAUGCAGAUCGUCAGCGCCCUGCGCUACCUCAACGAAAUCAAACCCCCCAUCAUCCACUACGACCUCAAACCCGGUAACAUCUUAUUGGUGGAUGGUACUGCAUGUGGAGAAAUCAAAAUCACAGACUUUGGCCUGUCUAAGAUUAUGGAUGAUGAUAACUACGGUGUGGACGGGAUGGACCUCACAUCACAGGGGGCAGGCACCUACUGGUACCUCCCUCCAGAGUGUUUUGUGGUGGGGAAGGAGCCGCCUAAGAUCUCCAACAAGGUGGACGUCUGGUCUGUGGGAGUGAUCUUCUUCCAGUGCCUCUACGGACGCAAGCCGUUUGGUCACAACCAGUCACAGCAGGAUAUUCUCCAGGAAAACACCAUCCUCAAAGCCACAGAGGUCCAGUUCCCUGCUAAACCACAGGCUAGCACAGAGGCCAAGGCAUUUAUCCGGCGCUGUCUGGCUUACCGCAAGGAGGACCGGUUUGAUGUUCACCAACUGUGCUCGGACUCCUACCUCCUCCCUCACAUGAGACGUUCAAACUCCUCCGGCACCCUGCAGCCCUCCGCCUCAUCCCUCCCCACCUACUGACUGGCUCUCUCGCAUGACUGACGGGACCCUCCGGCCAAUCUCAAGGCAGGAUUGGUGGAAUCUGAAGAUAAUGGAUUUUUUUACCUGAGCUGUUUCCAAAUGGAUGAAUACGCAACAGAGCAGAAUUAAACGGAGAACGUGAGACGGAAAAGAGUGAAGAAGUGCAAGAGGGAUACUCCCUUUGCACACGUUGUGGCCGAGAACUCGACUGUGUGAGAUGGGGGGAAAGAACAUAACUGGAAAAUAGAAGGGAGGGAGAGAGAGCAGGGCAAGAAUUGAAAGAGAGGCUCAGCAUUGUCUGGAGCCAGAAAAGAAAGUGAUGAAUCUAGUGGAUUUCUGUUUGGACUUUAUUGAAUAAACCCUUAGGAGACAUUUCAACAGCUAUAGGAGCUCUAAGAUGCCGUUACCAAGCCCACCUCUCUUAGCUCUACAGCAUAGUACAUCUCACAAGAUGGCUUAGAAUUUCUUUAACAUAAAGCUGCUGUUGUAGAUGUUCUCUUAUUGCUGAUUUGAGGGUGGCAUUGACCAGCAGGAAACUGAAUAAACAGGGUGAACAGGUGUGCGUUGCAGAGAAGGUGUGAGUAUCUGAGCAUCAGACAUGGCUACCUGCUCUGCAAUCCAUUGUUAUAAGGCACAAAAUGAUGGUUACAUCUCAUCGAGUUUACCCUUAUAAUCUUAAAAGUGAUGUUGUAACCUUGAUGGGACUCCACUUAAAACAAGAAAAGAAAAAAAAAGUUCCAGAUAAAAUGUCUGGCGUUGAUUUGCACUUCCGGUCCAGGUCGUGGUGAUCUGGUCUCGCACAUUUGGCAUGAAGUACUUCAGCUCGGGCUGGUUCUGAACCAGCACGAGCUCGCCAAGUCCUCGGUUCACAUUUGUUCUUUCGUUGCAAAGCAAUUCAGAUCAACUGCUGGGUUUACGGGAAGUAGGUCUGUGAAUCUGUCUUAAUCAUUUUUUGUUGUUCAGGUAAGAGUCUUAAGUAUUGCAGUACCAUGUUUUCCUCGACGUCCUCAUCAACCUGACUGAACUGAGUGACUGGAUCAGCUGUUACUGUACUGCAAAGACUCGGGACUCAGAAUCUAAUGUACAUUUCACGUGCAGGAGACAUUACUCACUAGCAAAUCCAUCAUAACGAGGCUUAUCCUUGCUUCCCGGUGUCUCACUUUGCUCUGUUCAUCUGUGUUUCCUCCUGAAAGCUGUUCUCAGUUUGCUGCUAUAAAUUUUGCUUUUAGUUUGUGAUGUGUGAA